AUGGGUGUUGAUACCUUUAGAGGUUCAAGACUUCAAGACCUUGGAAGCGGAGGUGUAGUGCUAACGUAUUGGCCACCCGCUCAACCUGGAGGUCGUCGGUUCGAGCAAAACAGUGCAUUUUUUCCAGGAGUCCUACUCGAGAGAGAUUCAGAUAGGCAAUGUUCAGUUGGCUGCAGUUCCUGUUCCGGUUCAACAUGCUUGAAAUGUGAAUCGUCAUAUUUUUUGUCCAGUAGCUCCUGUUCUCCAUGUCCAGGACAGUGCACCAGCUGUACCGUAUAUAAUAACUGUACUUCGUGCAAACCAAAUAAAUGGGGUUCAGGUAGUCAAUGCCAGUACACCUGUGUAGAUAGUUGUUAUAAUAAAGAAUGCCAAUAUGACACUGGCUAUUGUGUUCAGUGUAAACCUGGACUGUACGGGCUACAAUGUCAACAUAAUUGUAGCGACUGUGAGGGUGAUCUUUGUGAUUUACGUAGAUGCACGCGCGGAUGUAAACAAGGAUAUUACGAGUACAAUACCGAGUAUGAAUCAAUAUGUCAAACAUGUCCGACAGAUUGUAGAAAUUGUUAUGACGCACGCACCUGUCGUGCUUGCAAUGACGGUUUUCAUUUGUAUCAGUUUCAUUUAAAAGAAAACGUUUUUGUUCAUUGUAUAAGUUGUUCAUUAGGAUCAGGCUGUUCAAAUUAUUGUAUUAUUCAAAAUUGCAAUAAGUGCGAAGUCCAUGAUGGCUCUUUGGUGUGCACAGAUUGCUCUGAAGGUUAUAGAUUUAAUGGCAAAACAUGCAUACUAAAUACAACAAGCUGUUCUCAAGAAUGUUCCUCUCAUUGUGAUGACGAUGGAAUAUGUUUAGGAAGUUGCAAAGCUGGAUGGACGGGUGAAAGAUGUUCUGGAAAGUGUUCGGAUAAAUGCUUUACAUGUAACAAAAAUAAUUCGAACAUUUGUCAACAGUGUAAAGGAGACUUUUACACUGCUGGUUGUAAUGUGGCUUGUAAAACGUCAUGUAUAAAAAUAGAAGGUAAACAAACGUGUAAACCAAAUAAUGGGUAUUGUUUGAAUGGAUGUGAACACAAUUUCUGGGGACCCGUUUGUGGCCAGUCUUGUUCUAGCGGUUGUGUAAAUAACAGUUUAUCACCAAUAUGUGAGAGAAACAACGGGACAUGUAAACAUGGAUGUAAGGACGGAUACAAUGGAGAAAAAUGUGAUACAACUAUUACAAGCAGAACAACUUUGAAACCUGAAGACACUUCGCAGUUCACUCCUACCAGCUCCGUCAAAGAAACUACACUAGAGUCUAAUGAUGGGAAGUCAGAAUCACAAAAAGACAGUAAGGAUAUGAUCAUUAUAGGUUCUGCAGCAGGCGGAGGUGUCCUUGUGUUGAUACUGAUUAUCGUUAUUAUUGUUUGUCUCGUGAAAAGAAGGUAAACAUUGUUUUGCAUUUGUAUGACCUACCAAUACAUUUUCUGUUCAACUUACAGGCUUUACUA